UUUGUUUUUUUUUAAAUCCAUCUGCCAGUUUUCUUUUAAUUUGUUGUCAGUAAAUCUCAGCCUUUCAACUUUUUAGUUGCUUCUUGAGUCAUUUCCACCACCAUUGUGAUAUCUAGAGUAUGUGAAAAGGUAUUUGUCACCUAUAUAUAUUUAUACUGACAUUAACAUUUUUCUGAUAGUUUAUAUCGAACAAAGAUAAGAAAAUACAAAAGUGUUUACAAAAAGGGUCAUGGAGUCAAGGUAUCCAAACCAACCUAAGUUUUUAUUUAUUUUUUUUAAUGUAAAGUAAUUACUGCCAUUGUUAAAUGAGUUAUUCACAUUUUUGGAAGGCUGAGUUGAAUCACACACUGGCUGAUCUGUAGAAUUGCUUAAUUAAAAGCUGCCCAAACUAAAGAAAUUCAAGAUCAGAUGAGAAUUAAGUCAUCGACAUCCAUCAGUCUGGAAUAUUUUCACACAAUGAGAGCCACAAAUGGAGGGGAAAAAAAAUUAACAAUUCAAUUCAGAUUUUUAAACGGGCUGUACAUGCUAAAACAAAAACAUGGCUAAAUGAAAACAUUACUGCAUAGAAGAGUUGGAUAAAAUGUCUCCGCUAGUUGUUGCUGCUCAGCGGCACAACCUGCAACUAGGUUAACGGAUUAAUUCACGUGGUCGGUGUUGGCAGCUUCUUUUCUCCCUCAAUAAAUGAUUUUUUUAUGAGCUCAGACUAUGUUUGUCUUAUGGUGACAUUUGUACAGGAUCUGAAACAUGUCAGUGUAGCAAAAAAUGCAGAAACUGAAGAAAUAUGGAGGGGAGAAAUAGGUUUUAGCAGCCCUAAGUGAACUCAACGUCAGCACAAAUACAAGAAAAAGAAAAAAAAGAUGAGUAUUUUCAAACAUUCUCUUUAUUAUAAAGCGUCUUAUGAUUUUUUUGUUUAGAAAGCUUCUUCUGUAAAUGAUCUGUACUUAGCAAAAAAAAAAAAAGCUCUAGGCAGCCUGCUGAGAAUUUCCCAAAAAGAACCCGAGUUAUUCUGAGAGGAAGUAGUAAAAUCUUUCAGUAUUUUUGUGGUGACGUUGUGAGUGAUAUUCAGAAACAUCCCAGCUGGAGCUGCAGUCCACGGCAGAGACGAUGCUGAACUGACCCUUGAGACUUGAAGGCAGGAGAUCUCAAGACUUGGGACAUUUCUGGGCGUGUGCAGGUACUGAACAGAGAUCACGCAAAGUGACCUUUGCCCCUUAUUUCAACUCCUUUCUAGGAAUCAGGGUUGAUAUAUAGAUUAUAUUUAAAAACUUUAAAUCUACCAGUGGUUCUGAAGGCAAUCAUCUUUAAUGAGUUCCCCAGAUUUACCUCUAAAGCACAUUGUGUUUAUUUAAACAGUCUGCUACUGUUGAGUAAAUUAUUAACAUCUGGCUUCCUGUUUUGUAACUUUCAUCAUGUACAACCUGCUCAUGAUUCAGCUGGUUUUGCGCUCAAAGGUUGUUUUCAGCCGACUGUCCCUGGCCACGUUUAGUCAGGAACUACAACCGCUUCAUACUUCCUACAUCAAGUUUCAGGUGCGUGUGAAUGUUUCAGGUCAUUUGUGAGGGUCUAAUUAUAUGUUUCAAACGUCCCGUUUUUGUGGUAAACUCCGGCUGUGUUGAAAAUGAAACAUUUGAGGUCGCUGUUUCCGAGUCGGACGUGAAUGUGUGCUCUCGCAGGGUUCAGGACGAUGAAGAAGCUGCUGCUGGACGUGGACUGUGGCGUGGACGACGCUCAGGCCAUCAUGCUGGCGCUGGCCGCCCCCAGUGUGGAGAUCCUGGGCAUCACCUGCGUGCACGGGAACACCGCUGUGGAGAACGUGUGCAAGAACGUACUGCGGGUUCUGCAGGUCUGCAACAAGCUGGAGAUUCCAGUCUUUAAAGGCGCUGACAGGCCUAUCCUUGGGAAAAGACUAAAUGCGGGAUCCUUUCAUGGGAAGGACGGCCUGGGCGACGCUCCUGACCCUGACGCUCCGGGUCUGGACCAACUUCAGAAGGAGAGCGCCGUGUCGGYCAUAGUCAGGAUUGUUAACGAAAAUCCAGGAGAGGUGUCGUUGGUUGCCACGGCGCCGCUCACCAACCUGGCUCUGGCUGUGAGGAUGGAUCCGUCUUUGCCGGCCAAACUUAAAGGGCUCUACAUCAUGGGAGGGAACACUGAGUCCCGAGGAAACACCUCGGUGUGCGGCGAGUUCAACUUCACUGCUGAUCCAGAAGCAGCGUACAUUGUGCUGAAUGAUUACCAGUGUCCCACCUACUUGGCCUGCUGGGAGUUCACCUGCUACAACAAGCUGCCUUGGGAGUUCUGCGACGCCUGGCUGGCGCAGAACAGCCACAAAGCUCGCUUCAUGGCGAAGAUCUUCAGCCACAGCAUCGAGGCGUCGAAAACCGAGCGCUUCGAGAAAGAGUUCAUCGCGGGUUCGGGCCUGAUUUCCUGCGACUCGUACGCCAUGGCGGCCGCCGUGGACGACUCCUUCGUUGUAGAGAGCGACCAAUUCCCGGUUAGCGUGGAGCUGGUGGGCGCGCACACCAGAGGCAUGAUGGUAGUGGACACUCUGGGCUUACUGAACAAGACGCACAAGGUUUUCAUCAUAAAAAAGGUAGACAUGGAGAAGUUCAGGAAGAUGAUGAUGGCGGCUCUGAAAUGAGAGUCUGAACUUAAUGCUGAAGGUCGCUGCUGUUCUCCACACGUUUUGUGGUUCACCUGUUUUGUUUUUUGUAUAGUAAAACUCAAGUUACCUCAACAAUGCAAUGACUCCACUUUCAACAGACAAACCUCUGACUUUGGUCAUCAUUUAUUUAAGUUGAUGAUUUUCAUUCAAAAUAACAAAAUAAAAAUGUUCUAACAAG